UACGAGCUGCAUACCCAGUGAUCUCGAAGUGAUCAGUUUAUUUUUAUGUAAAGAUAACACGCAGAACUACAUUUGACAGGUUGAUGUUCUCAUUUGAAGGGCAGUGCGUUGAAAAGAAUGAGUUUAAUGCGUGUUCGUUCAAAUGAUGUAUUUUGGCUCCAGAUUUAGCUGGCUAUCUGUCAGAUAUUUCAAACCAAAUGUUAGCCCCAGCAGCUGUAACUUAUGCUAACUAUACGAAGCUGCCAUGUAAAAUAAUACAGGGGAAGUCCAGUAUUUUUCCCACGAGUUAUCUGGCUGAGUACCUGUCUAGUCUACAUAUUUGUGACAUGUGAACGAUAAUAUUGAGCAUGCGAGGUUAGCUACACCCAUAUUUACAACUCGCAUUUAAACGUGUAUUUAGCCAGAGAACAGGCAGCUAUUUGUAUGUGAACGGAUGUGUGUAAUUUUGCGCUUUAGUAAAUAUUUUUGGAGAGCACAGCUGCGUCUCCUUGAAAUGAGGUAACUGCUUUAGCAUUACCAUAGCGUCUAAACCAGGUCUGAGAAUGGCAACCUCAGAUACAACCCCUUUGUGUCUACCCCACUGGGACACCGGCGAAAGGAGCCUUCGCUUCUUGUACCUUGCUGGUUCCAGUUCUUUUAAAAUUUGCAAGAAUCAUAACGCUGAGGAGACGAUGAUUCCCCUGUUUCUAGGUGCUGACCUGUUCUCAAAAACAGAGAUCCGGACAGAGAAUCAUCCAAGAAACCAUGCAAAGUUUGCAAAGAAGGGACUGGCCACCAAGCUUGUGUUUUCAUCUGAAUUCCGAUUUCAUGGACUGAAACUUCCCCUGGCCAACAACAGCCUGUGGUUUUACAGCAUCCAGGGUGUCUUUCGUGUUGCCUUUGAACUCUACAGCAAGCUGGAGCAGCUUCUUGUGCUGCAAGCCUUUCAGGAGCUGUGGAAGUCCAGAAUAAACGAUGCUCCCCUGAACAUGUGCUAUGAGCUGAGUGUCCACCUGAAUGCUCUGCAGCCCAGUGACAUCAUAGAGGUGCACAACAGAGAAACACAAAAAAGGCUGAGGUCUCAGCACACCCCAGUGGCACAUUCAGAUUCGUUCCCUCAAGCUACAGAGGGGCCUGAUGCCGCCCCUGAGAAGGGCGUGCCCCCUCCCGAUGGUACCUCCACAGCUGACCAUGACUACUGCUGCCCUACUGAUGGGGACUCGGCCGAUCGGUCAGAUUGCCUCCAACGCAUCUCUCAGAAACUCCAGAGCUUGGAUGCCUUGCUGCAGGGCUCCAAGGGUGAUGCGGAGAAAGGCUUCCAGGACACCGCCCUGCUUCUGCUGGAUCACAUCGAGCGGUCCGUGAAGCAGGGCCUAGACGAGCGCGGCCUGGCGGACACCGUGCUGAGGCUGCUCCAGACCCGGGGCCCCGGGGAGGGGGGCUCGGUCUACUCCAGCCCCCUGCUCCACGCCGUCGGCGGCUGGCUGGGCCAGCAGUUCCACGCCGCCAACGCCUGCGUUAGCCAGCGGGUGGAGGGCUUCAAGAUGCGGCACAUCGAGCGCAUCACGGACCUGCCGCCGGCCGAGGAGCUGGCGGGGGAGCUGUUCCCCGAGGCCAUGCGAGUGCUGCUGCUAAACUGGAUGGGGCUGGACGAGGCCUCGGCCCUGUGGAAGAGGCAUAGCGAGUAUCCCAUCCUCCUGCUCAUCCUGGAGUUCGCCAACCACAACCUCAUCACUGGCGUGGCGCACGUUCUCUACUCCAGUCUGAUAUGCAAGUGACGCUUCCAAUCCAGCGAACGUUUAUGCAGAAGACAGAGAAAGACUUGCUAGCUCAAUGACAGGCAAAACACCUUUUCAAAAGCCUUGACAUGUUGCAUUUCACCUCAGCAUAAGGUUUCUGGUAUAAAUUUUGUACCAUUUAUUGGCUGUUGUAUAAAUGUGAAAGUUGGUUCCAGAAAGUAAGAGCAAUUUGAUGUAUAGCCUCAGUGUAAGUGGGGUCAUUGAACUAAACCAACAUUCAAGCCCUUUCCAGGAAACAAAAUUUAAUGAGGGGAAACCGAAAUGCACAACAUUGUAAAUUGAAACUGUAAAUAUACAACAUUGAUUUUACUGUACCAGUAAAUGAGCAGGAUUGUGGCUGUA